AUGUCCUGCCUGAAUCGUCGAGGACCCGACCUCGUGUCCAGCUGUGAAUUUUCGCUCGAAGAAAUACCAUACACGGCUUACUGCAGUGCCCCCUCCCAUCAAGGCUGCAUCUCUUUUACUCAGCCAGUACAAUUUGCCGAUUUUGUUCUUCUCUGGGAUGGCACAAUUUACGACAAAGAGGAACCUCGAGCCGGUGUUAAAAUCCUUGUUCAAAGGCUGGGUUGUUGUGUCGAUUCCACUGAUGCAAUCCUUGACACAUUCAGCCGUUUAAACGGCUCAUUCGCCUUCGUACUUGUGCAUAAAACUUCGAAACGCGUGUUUUUUGGUCGAGAUAGGUUUGGUCGACGUUCACUUGUAUGCAAUUCUAGCCUAUCGUCUCUCAGUAGUAUCAGCGGCUCAAGUGACGAUAACUAUUUCGAGGUCCCUGCGUCCGGAAUCUACACGGCGCAUGCGAGCAAAUGUGGUGGGUUCCAAAUAGACGCUUGGUACCCUUGGUCCGAACAACAUGCCACAUUUUGGCGCGAGCAUCCAUUUCAUACCACGUUUGACGUUGUUGGUGUUCGCCGGCCUCUUGUUACGAACGCGCUUGCCGUCACUAACGUGUGCGACCCUGUUGAGUCUCUGUUGAGUUGUCUGGGCGACGCAGUUUCGAUGCGUGUUCGGCUAACUGCACGUUCCUGCCGUGACUGCUGCAUCGCAACGGCGGCUUCGAAUAACGAAGCUGCGUGUUUGCAUGCCCGCAUUGGUGUUCUUUUCUCUGGUGGCCUUGAUUCCACCGUGGUCGCUGCUCUCGCCGACAGGUAUGUUCCACGCGACCAGCCAAUCGACCUGAUAAACGUCGCAUUCCAGCAUCUGCAACCAAAAGCUCAACCAUCUAAACGGCGUGGAGAGAGCGGCGAUGGAGGUGCUACAGUGUAUGCUUCACCCGAAACAGCUCCCGACCGGCAAACUGCCUUGAGCAGCUUCGAUGAACUUCGACGGCUGAGUCCGUCGCGGCAUUGGCAUCUUGUCUUGGUACGUUUAACGGCUUUCCCAUUUUUCCUCAUCAGAAGUCGAUUCCCCUCAAUGGGCCUCCAUGCCGCAUCUGUUUAUGGUCAUUCCCUAAUUUGGUGGCCUGUUCUCUUUGUUCGCACCCCAGUUUGGCGUCGCCGUUUUCAGUGA